AUGAAUAAUAUUAUCUGUGAAGUUAUGCUUUCUAUUUGUAAUAAAGAUAAACUUAAUAUUCAUAAAGCCAGUCAGUUUAACAUUAUAAAAACUAUUAAUGUAUUAAAAGAGCAUGCACAACAAACUAAUGAUAAACCUGUACAAAUUAUUCAAUCUACAAUAACUGAUACUUCACAAGAAGUAUAUCCAUACUUUUCAUCUCAUAAUGCAUUUCGUCAAUCUAUUAGAAGAAUUAGAAAUAUGAAUUUACCUGCAGUAUCAGAAUCUUUAAGAGACCUUGUUAUUCAUAAAAAUUUAAAAAAAACCUUAGAUAGUUCUGAUUUUUUAGUCAAAGAUUCUAUAGUGG